UUCUUUAUUUCCGCCGACUAUAUAAAGGGCACAAGUUCUGCGGCUAUCGUCUUUCCCCCUUUGACAUCGAAAACCCCAAACCCUAGCGCUUCUACCCUCUCAGAUCUGCAAAAUUCAAAACCUUUAAUGGCUUCCAAGCGAUCGGAUUUCGGCGAUGGCGCCAGCCCCGGGAAAAUUUUCAUCGGGGGCCUGGCAAAAGAUACUACUUUAGAUACUUUCGUGAAGUACUUUGGCAAGUAUGGGGAGAUAACGGACUCGGUGAUCAUGAAAGAUCGGCAUACCGGUCGGCCGCGGGGUUUCGGUUUCAUCACUUAUGCUGACCCGUCCGUUGUUGAUACCGUUAUCGCUGAAACCCAUGUUAUUAAUGGCAAACAAGUUGAGAUCAAAAGAACCAUCCCGAAAGGAGCUGGCGACUCUAAGGAUUUCAAAACAAAAAAGAUUUUUGUUGGUGGGAUCCCCACUGCUGUUACUGAAGAUGAGUUCAAGACUUUCUUUUCCAAGUAUGGGAAGGUCGUAGAGCAUGAAAUUAUUCGAGAUCAUGUGACCAAGAGGUCUCGUGGAUUUGGAUUUAUUGUGUUUGACAGUGAACAAGUUGUUGAUAGUCUCCUAGCUGAUGGGAAUAUGAUUGAUAUGGCGGGUACCCAGGUUGAGAUCAAGAAGGCUGAACCAAAGAAACCCUCAAACCCAACACCUGCUCCUGCAUAUGGUAGUGAUUCUAGGGCACGUGCCUAUGGUGAUAGUUAUGGUGGUUUUGGCAGCUCAUAUAGCAGUUUUGGCAGUGGCGGUUUUGGCCCUGCUUCUUAUAGGUCAAUGGGAUCAGGUCUUGGUGGUAGGUUUGGUGACUAUGGUGGAUAUGGUGGUGGAAGUGAAUUUGGUGGUCGGUAUGGGGAUUAUGCCAGUAGCGAAUUUGGUUAUCGAGGAGAUGGCCCACUUGGCUACUCUAGUCGAUUUGGUUCUUAUGGUGGAGGCUUCGGAGGGGGAUAUGGUGGUGGGCUAGGUGCCUAUGGCCGUGGUGGUGGUUAUGGCAGUUAUGGUGGGGCCGGAUCUGGUGCUGGUUAUGACUCUGGCCCCAGUGCUGGUUAUGGAGGAGCAGGAGGGGGAAUGUAUGGAGGUAGGGCAGGUUAUAGUGGCAGUAGUCGAUACCAUCCUUAUGCCAGAUAGAUGUCCCUAAGCAUCUUGUAGGAGUUCUCUCAUGCCUCUUGGCCAUUGCUUCUCGUGGCUCAAAGUUGACUAGAUUUGCCAAGUACUAGCACGGGGACGAUCCCUAGAAGUUCCGGAGGACCCUAGUUUUAUGUUGUUUUUAUAAACUCUAUGCUAAGCUUGUUUUUACCAGAUCAAUGGAUUAGAGAAUCUUAUUGAGGUACUUUACUCUGUUCUAAGCUAGACAUGUUAUCCUGUAUGAAUUGUAUUUUAGUUCUAUGUUGUAGUGUAGAAUGGUCUUUUGCAUUUUAAAUUUUUUCUGUUAGAAUUAUUUG